AUGGAAUCGGUUCAUCGUUUGACGUCGGCUUUUAAUCGAGCAAUGAAUGAUGCAAUUAUGGCUGAGGAGAAAGUUGAUAUGAUGACUAAUAUUAAGUCAAUGAGUAUUUUGUUUACUGAGGUAUGUAUUGGAGUACUGUGGGUUUUUUGAAGAUUCCUGAUUGGGUUACUGUAGCUGGGAAUAUAAUUGCUCAUUUUAACUCAUAAAAUUGAGCGAGAUGAAAAUCGGAAAUUUGGAGUAACUCCGAAAAUACGAUUGCUCCUUUUUUUAGAAAAUUUGGACUUUUUUCUAGUCAAAUGGCCGCCCGGCAACGGAAAUGAUGAGCACUUUUAAAAAUGUUCAAAUGUUGAUGAAUGAAACUCAAAAUGCACUUACUUCACAAAAAAUUGAAGUUGAACAUAAAUUUCAGAAAAAAAGUGGAAAAAUAAAAGUAAAACAACUACACUCGACUUGCCUGUUGUUUAAUUUUCACACACUGUUUGAGCGGAGUGUCGUUAUUUUAUUUUUACAAGAUUGCGCGUAGGAUUUGGUGUUUGCGGGAAGUCGGUGUUGGCACACACUCUUAUUUUCUUCGUUCUUUCUUAGGUUUUUGGAUUGGAUUCUUAGGUUUUUGGAUGGAUUUAUGUUUAACUUCAAUUUUUUGUGAAGUAAAUGCAUUUUGAGUUCCAUUCAUCAACAUUUGAACAUUUAUUUAAAUGUUCAUAAUCUUUGUUGCCGGCCCAUUCAGAUACCACAUCUAAAUUGUUUCCAGAUGUGUGCAAAUGUCGAGAAAUGUGAAGCUGAAAAAAUGCGAUUCAAAAAAGAAGCUGAACAAAAUUUCGAAAAAUAUCAAGAAUUACAAGCGAAAGCUGAUGGUUAUGAUGAUGUUGUUGAACAACUUCAUAUUGCACUUCUAGCCAAAUCUGAUCAAAAAUUUGCGAGUCCGAUUUUUGAUAAAAUUGUGAGUUUUCUGUGGUGUUUUCGGUAGAUAAAAAAUACCAAAUUUUUAAAGAAUUGAAAAAUAUUCUUGUUUUUUGUAGCGCCACGAAGUCCAUGAAAAUUUGCAAAAAAUCGAUAAUUAUCAUCGAAUUUUGGCGAAUUAUCAACUUGAAAUUGAAAGAAAUAAGCGAAUGGAAAAAUAUAUAGAUGAGCUAUCGAAAUGCACAGUUUUGCAAAGAAUUGGCUCAAGAUUUUUCGCGCGAGAAGUUGCCGCUGUUCGACAAAUGCUGAACCUUGUUCAAAAUUCGCCGAAUGUUGAUCAUGCUACAAAAUCAAGAGUUUGGGAUGAAAUUGAGGCGGAAAAUAAUGUACUUCGGCAAAAUACUUUGUGGUUGAUUAAUCGAAUUAAUGGAGAUGAUACUGAUAAUGAUUUGAUGCCGAGAGUUGUUGUUUUGAUGCGAUCACACGCACAUCAAGGAUUGGGUUUGGAAAUUACGGUGGGUUAUGAAGGGGAACAAACCUGGAAUAGUUAGGAACAAGCUUCCAGUGGACUUGUUUCUUUUUUAAAUUCUGAAUAAUUAAUUAUCCUAAAUCAAUAUUUUUAUACAUAUUUACAAAACCAAGUUAUCAAAAAUCAGAAUUACUACAAUCCAUGUGAUGAACUUGGAUAGGUUAAACUAUAAACAUUUGUAAUUUUGCCACGUGUUUUUGUGAUUAAAGAAAUAAGAAAUCGACGAUAAGGAGCAAUGAAAACAAAAGAAGAAACUGGAUUUAGAAUUGGAACUAGGAGAAAAAGACAAUACAUAAUGAAUUGAGGAAAUAUAUUAUUGAUUAGAUUGAAUUGUUGAACUAUAUAACAUGAGCCACCGAAAACGUAGAAUAUUGGAAUACAAGCUUGGAAUGUUAGAGCCUAGAAAAAUAUAUAUAUAUAUUAGCGUAUGAAUUUAAAUUCAGCGUUCAAUGUGAAAUCUCAGCUCACAAAGCUUUCAAAAAUUUCAACAUACCCGAAGAAGUUGUAUUUGAAGAUGAUAAGAUUUUGAAGAAGUCGAAUUCUUAUUUCCACUGGCCACAUUUGUCAACUUGUUAAUAAUUCUUUUUCGCAUAAUGAUAAUUGAAAUAGCCAUUGGAAUACUCAAACCAACCACAUGAAUAAUCACAUACAUUACUGUGAAAUCAAAAAUUGAUGGGUUUAUUGUGACUGCUUUAUCUGAUAAAUCAUAUUCGGGAUGAUAUUUGUGAAGAGUUUGUUUUGCAAGUUCUUCAUUUCCAUGGGGUAGAAAUAUAUUUAUAUUUUGGAAAAUUGAUGGAAGAUAGAAGAAUAUUAUUAGAAGUUGGAUUUUUGAUUUUGCAAUUUCACAACGGAGAAGAACAUAGUAGCGAUAAGCAAAUGAGAUGAAUAGAAGCCAAAUUGAAUGUGUAUAAAAAUGUAGUUUCAAAACAUAUAAAAUGAAACAUGUUUCAGUAGAAAAUAUUGAACAUGGUCCCAUUGAAAUAUAAACAAUUGAAAGGCCACAUGAAAUUAGACGCUGCAUUACGAGAAAAUUAAGAAUGCAGAUGAAAAGAUCGGUGAUUGCGAAAUUGACAAUAAUCAAACCAUAACUUCGAAUUUGCUUGGGACUUUUUGUCAAAACCACGUAAAUUAGAAGAGCGUUUAGAAUACAACCCAAAGAAGAGCCUGUGGCGUGGAUUGUUCGGAAUAUUUCUUCCAUGUUUUGUCGCUGACUGAAACAAGGGAUUUUAAGGGAAAACAUAAGGAUUACUGAAUUUAAUAAUGAGAGAAAAAGAGCAAAGAGCAAAACAUGAACAAGGAGAGGAGAAGGUAAACAAAUUUAGAAAAAAAAAAUUAUUUGGGAAUUUCUUGGUACAGAAAAAAAGAACAUACAGUAAUCCUGAAUGUUUGAAUGAUCUACAAUAGUUCAAUAAAGUUUGAAGGGGUAUACAGUAAACUUGGAUUUUUGAAAGGUUGUACAGUAAUCCUGCAAAAAUUCAAGGAGCAUACAGAAAUCCUUGAGUUUUCAAUUGCGAAUACAUUUUUUUGUACAUACAAUAAUUAUGUUAUUCAAGAGGGUUAAUAUGAAAAUAAUUCUGUGAAUUUGUGAAAUGAAGUAACGAGAACCUGAACUUUGGAUUCUUGGUAUUUAAAAAAUUUCUUUCGGGAUUUGAAGUUCAAAUUUUGUUUUCGUCAAUGGUCCACGAAAAAAAAGUACAAGGAACUUUCUGUCUAUGUUUUCAGACAGAAAAUUGAUCAGAACAUUUUCCUAGGAAUUUUUGGGCUCGAAGACUCGAACUAUUACUGCACUGUAAAAUGAAUUUUCUUGAGAAAACUAUUUUGAGCUAAAAAUUGAAAAUGACAUUUCAAAAUCUUUGCAAUAAAAUGUGAAUCAGAAAAAAAUUAGCUAAAGUUCAAAUUAGUUGAGCUAGGAUUCUAGAAUUCGUCAUUUUUUAAAUAAUCAUUUCCAAGAAAAAAAUAAGUUAUUGUAUUUUUAGAAAAGCCUGAAAAUGAGUCGAAAAAAGGAAAAACAUGUGUUAUUUUCAGAACUUUGUUGAUUAUUAAUUAUUGAAUAGAAAAGAAAGAAGAUUGGAUAGAGGUACUUGUUAUUGAAAAACAGGAAAAUGUAUGAGGUAGAAAUACAAAAGAUGAGAUUUGAGAGUUUUGUAUUAAGUCUGGUCAAGUGAUUUAAAUCCCAGCUUUUUCUUUGCAAAAAUUGCCUCAAAUGACGAAUUUAUUGAAUUCCCUUGUUGAAAUUAGUCAAUUUUUUUUGAAAUUAGUCGAUUUUUAUCCAGACUGAAUUUUUUAUAGUAAAAAAUAACAAUAAUGGGAAAUUUGAAAAAUCUCGUAAAAAUUAAUCAUAGGAUUCUUUUCAGAAUUCAGAAUUUCAUAUUUUUCAAGAAAGAAAGAAAAAACGAAAACAUAUAAAAAAUGCUCAUAUUACAAGAAAAACAAGAACUAAAAAAUGAGAAAAUGAAAAAAAUCAAACAUUUUGGAACUGCAAAUUUAUUAUUAUUAUUUGAUUGCUUCAUUAGUUUUGUUAUUCAUUAAUUGCUGAAUAAUUUGCUGAAAAAAGUCGAAAUGACGAAAUUUAUAGCGUAAGUAAUAACUUUCCUGAUGACACAAAAAACAAAACAAAAAAAAAGAAAUAUUUAAAAUUCUAGAUAGAUUUCCAGCAUUAUCUCAUUUUCGACUCAAAAUGAAAGAAUAGUAAUUCAAUUUUUGCUGCUUCUGAAUCUAUUGUUUUCGAUGUUUUUUUUGCAGCAGCCUUUUUUUAAUGCUGAAGAUGAAUAUUAGAUAUGGGAUGAGAAAACUGCGUUUUAAAAAUAAAAUUUUUUUGCAAAAAUCAGUAAAAACGUUUUUCUCAAGGAAUCGAAAUUUUUCUUCUGUUCCAAGAGAAACCCUCCUGAAACAUGCAAAAUUAUUUCGGGAUCAAAACUAUUUUUUCUUUAAUUUCAAACAUACUUUUUUUCAGGGUGGAUGUGAUACGUUCCGCCCAGUCCUUAUUACUGCCAAAUUGAAAGGUUCAAUGGCUGAUGAUGAUGAACUUCGAAUCGGUGAUCGAAUUAUUGCAAUUGAUGGAACUUUUUUGAAUUUAACCUCGCGUCAUUCGGAUGUCAUGAAAAUGCUCGAAACAGAGGUGAGUCCCCCUUUUUUCUGACAAAAAAUCCUGAUGUUUUUCCUUGUUUUUUCCAAGACAUUUCCCAUGAUUGUCAUACAGUAAUCCAUCACUUAUAUAUUUGCAGUCUGCUAAGGAUUAUCUGGCUCUUGUCGUAUCCGCUUUUAAUCCAUUCACCGAUGACAUUGUGAGCAACCAAUUAACUGUUGUCGAGCGUACGGUAUAA